GGCGGGCGAGUGCAGCGCCGGUUCUUCCCCUCCCUACCUCUCCACUCCUUUUCUGAAUCCUCCACUCUGGACUUGCGUGGGUGAAAUCCUUCGUCCCUCUCCCCAUAUUUUUCGCUCACUUUCCGCCAUUCUUUCCCCUAUUCCUGGGAGCUAAUGCGAGACACUGGCUCCGAUUAAGUGACGGCUUGAGACUCGGAGUGCACGAGGAGGGGGUCGACACUGAGUGGUGAUGGAGAGCACCCCUUCAAGGGGUGGACUGAAUCGAGUACACCUACAAUGCAGGAAUCUGCAGGAAUUCUUAGGGGGCCUGAGCCCUGGGGUAUUGGACCGAUUGUAUGGGCACCCUGCCACCUGUCUGGCUGUCUUCAGGGAGCUCCCAUCUUUAGCUAAGAACUGGGUGAUGCGGAUGCUCUUUCUGGAGCAGCCUCUGCCACAAGCUGCCGUAGCCUUGUGGGUGAAGAAGGAAUUCAGCAAAGCCCAGGAGGAAAGCACGGGGCUGCUGAGCGGCCUCCGUAUCUGGCACACCCAGCUGCUCCCUGGUGGCCUCCAGGGCCUCAUCCUCAACCCCAUCUUCCGCCAAAACCUCCGCAUUGCCCUUCUGGGUGGGGGCAAGGCCUGGUCUGAUGACACAAGUCAGCUGGGACCAGACAAGCAUGCCCGGGAUGUGCCCUCGCUUGACAAGUAUGCUGAGGAGCGAUGGGAGGUGGUCCUGCACUUCAUGGUGGGCUCCCCCAGUGCAGCCGUCAGCCAGGACUUGGCUCAGCUCCUCAGCCAGGCCGGGCUCAUGAAGAGUGCUGAACCUGGAGAGCCGCCUUGCAUUACCUCUGCCGGCUUCCAAUUCCUGUUGCUGGACACCCCGGCCCAGCUCUGGUACUUUAUGUUGCAGUACCUGCAGACAGCCCAGAGUCGGGGCAUGGACCUAGUGGAGAUUCUCUCCUUCCUCUUCCAGCUCAGCUUCUCUACUCUGGGCAAGGAUUACUCUGUGGAAGGUAUGAGUGAUUCUCUGUUGAACUUCCUGCAACAUCUCCGUGAGUUGGGCCUUGUUUUCCAGAGGAAGAGGAAGUCUCGGCGUUACUACCCUACGCGCCUGGCCAUCAAUCUCUCAUCAGGUGUUUCUGGGGCUGGGGGCACUGUGCAUCAGCCAGGUUUCAUCGUUGUGGAAACCAAUUACCGACUGUACGCCUACACGGAGUCGGAGCUGCAGAUCGCCCUUAUUGCCCUUUUCUCUGAGAUGCUCUAUCGCUUCCCCAACAUGGUGGUGGCACAGGUGACCCGGGAGAGUGUGCAGCAGGCCAUUGCCAGUGGCAUCACAGCCCAACAGAUCAUCCAUUUCCUAAGGACAAGGGCCCACCCAGUGAUGCUUAAACAGACACCUGUGCUGCCUCCCACCAUCACAGACCAGAUUCGGUUGUGGGAGCUAGAAAGGGACAGACUCCGGUUCACUGAAGGCGUCCUCUAUAACCAGUUCCUGUCACAAGUGGACUUUGAGCUGCUGCUGGCCCACGCGCGGGAGCUGGGCGUCCUAGUGUUCGAGAACUCGGCAAAGCGGCUCAUGGUGGUGACCCCCGCGGGACACAGCGACGUCAAGCGCUUCUGGAAGCGGCAGAAGCACAGCUCUUGAGACUGCGGGACCGGGCGGGACAGUACUGUGACAGUACCGUGACGGGCGGGCCGCUUGGAGGCGGACGCCGCCUCAGAACUCAGGGGUAUUUUUUAUUCACACGUCAAGACUCUUCUUGUUUAAUAAAAUUGUGAAAAUGAA